AUGGAUCACCGUCCGCAAGCUUGGGGCCGUCCUAGAGACGAUGUUUACGGCGCCUACGAUGCCACCUUCAUGAGCGACAAUGGCCCCAAGCAAAACACCCAGCAGCCUAUCGUCACCGGUACCUCCGUCAUCGCCAUCAAGUACAAGGAUGGUGUUGUCAUGGCCGCCGAUAACCUAGCUUCAUACGGCUCUUUGGCCCGAUUCACCGACGUCAAGCGACUCCGCUCUUUCGCCGGUACCUCUGUUGUUGGCUUCAGCGGCGACAUCUCCGACAUGCAGUAUCUCGACCGCCACCUCAUCGACCUCUCCCUCGACGAGGCCUACACCUCCCCCGACACCCCGCGCCUCAACGCCGCCAACCUUCACACCUACCUUGCAAAGCUUCUCUACCGCCGUCGUUCGAAGUUCGACCCUCUGUGGAACCAUCUCCUCGUCGCUGGUCUUGAUGACGAUGACAAGCCUUUCCUCGCCGCUGCCGACCUUCUUGGUAGUACCUACAGUGCCCCCAGUCUGGCCACCGGUUUCGGUGCCAUGCUGGCUCAGCCCAUUAUGCGUCGCCAUGUGCCCGACGAGGAGGCUUCCCAGAAGUUGGAUAAGGAAGAGGCCGUCAAGAUUAUCAAGGAGUGCAUGAAGGUCCUGUACUACCGUGAUGCUCGCAGUUUGGAUUCUUACUCGAUGGCUAUUGUCACAAAGGAGGGUGUAGAGAUCAACGAAGGCUUGCAGCUCGAGGCCCAGAGCUGGGCCUUUGCAGAGAGAAUUCGGGGCUACGGUACCCAGACUGUCUAA